AGGGAUCGGGGCUGGAAAGAGCGGGCCCGGCUGUCCCAAGUGUCACGACUGUCCCGGAGCUGCGGAGGCAGCGCCGGGGACGAUUAAGAGGACCAGAAGCAGGACAAGGACCAGGACCAAGAGCAGGAGCAGAACCAGAAGCAGGAUAAGGACCAGGACCAAAAGCAGGACCAGAAUCAGGACCAGGAGAAGGACACGGAUCAGGAUCAGUAGAGGGAGGAAAGAUCUGAAGAAAUCCCAGAGGAUGGCUUCUGAUGCCAGUCAUAUGCUGGAAGCAGCUUUGGAGCAAAUGGAUGACAUCAUUGCAGGCACAAAGUCAGCCACAGAGUAUGCUAAUGGUGGUUAUGAUAUUGUGUCACCUGCUCCAUCAGUGUACCUGGGCACAUUUCAAAUUCUGCACCUCCUGGAAGAUCUGAAGAUGGCCCUGGAGAUGCUGGAGGACCCUCAGGAGAAAGAAGCUCUGAGGAACCAAAUCCCAGGGGCCACAGCACUGUGUCUGAGGGAGUGGUUUGAGGAGAACCUGUCACAGGUGAACCAUCAUUCAUCCAAUAAUGAAACUUAUCAAGAAAGGCUGGCACGAUUAGAAGGUGAUAAAGAGUCCCUCAUCCUUCAGGUGAGUGUUCUCACAGACCAGGUGGAAGCUCAAGGAGAGAAAAUCCGGGACUUAGAAAUCUGUCUGGAGGGGCACCAGUUGAAGCUGAAUGCUACAGAAGAAAUGCUCCAACAGGAGCUGCUAAGUCGCACAUCGCUCGAGACUCAGAAAUUAGAUCUGAUGGCUGAAGUUUCAGACCUGAAGAUUAAGUUGGUUGGUAUGGAAAAGGAGCAGAGUGAAUAUGAAGAGAAACAGAACAAAGCUGAGGGUUUGUUACAGGAACUCAGACACCUCAAAAUUAAAGUGGAAGAACUGGAAAACGAAAGAAAUCAGUAUGAGUGGAAAUUGAAAGCAACCAAAGCUGAGAUAGCCCAGCUCCAGGAGCAGCUGGCUCUCAAAGAUGCAGAGAUAGAACGUUUGCAGAGUCAGCUCUCCAGGACCUCCUCAUACACUGAAGUGGCAGAAAGAGAGGAAGUUUAUAGGAGAAGGCUAAAAGAAAAACACCAAGAAGUUCAGAGGUUGAAGAUAGGAAUGGAGACAUUAUUGGCUGCAAAUGAAGAAAAGGACCGUCGGAUAGAGGAGCUGACACUACUGCUAAGCCAGUACAGGAGGGUCAAGGACAUCAUGAUUGCAGCUCAUGGCUCUCCUGUCUCUGGUGGCUGUGAAGAGGAACUUGAGGCAACUUUAAUGAAGUGGAAUCUUCUGAAUAAUUCUCAAGGGGAAUUACUGAAAACAGAGGCCUCUGCAGGAGAGUUGUCACCAGCUGUGCUCCCUCCAGUGCCACACAAAAACAUGGAAAUCAGUGGAAGCAGUCCAGUACCUUCAAGUAAUUUAACCUCUCAGCAGGAAGACUCUUUGGAAGUCACAAAUAGGGCUCCACAGAAAAAAAAGUCCAGUAGUUUGGAAGACUUGCAGAGUGAAUCCUUGGAAAAGUAUGUAGAUGGAAAACCAGCACAGCCUGUUGUAGAACAAGAGAGUAAGCCAGUGGGGAAAGGCAGCAAGUACCAGACGCUGCCAGGAAAGCUGCCCCGAGCCCUGCAGAACGGGGAGCAGGGAAUGUACAGCUCCCCAGAGGGAUGUGGCACCAGUGACAACGAUGACAGCAGCGUCCCUGGCCUGAAUCGCGGCAGGAGUGUCAGUGCACCCGUGCUAGGGGAAACAGAGAACAUGGAUGGUACAGUGGUCUCGGAUGACCUCUCACCUUCGGGAACAGAUUCAGGUCCACAAUCUCCAUGGGCUCCAGAAAACAGAAAGAGUCCAAAAGGGAUCAAGAAAAUCUGGGGAAAAAUUCGAAGGACUCAGUCAGGUAACUUCCCUGCAGACGACCUGGGGCUGGCCGAGUUCCGGAGGGGAGGUCUGCGGGCAACAGCUGGACCGCGCUUAUCCCGAUCCAAGGACGCCAAAGGCCAGAAGAGCGACCACAAUGCCCCCUUUGCUCAGUGGAGCACUGAAAGAGUUUGUAACUGGCUGGAGGACUUUGGCCUGGGCCAGUACGUGAUUUUUGCCCGGCAGUGGGUGACAUCAGGCCACACGCUUUUAACUGCCACUCCUCAGGACAUGGAAAAGGAAAUGGGAAUAAAGCAUCCACUGCACAGGAAGAAAUUGGUUUUGGCCAUUAAAGCUAUAAAUGCAAAGCAAGAUGAGAAGUCUGCACAACUUGAUCAUAUCUGGGUGACACGGUGGCUUGAUGACAUUGGCUUGCCUCAGUACAAAGACCAGUUUCAUGAAUCCAGAGUAGAUGGGAGGAUGUUGCAGUACUUAACUGUGAAUGACCUUCUCUUCCUGAAAGUCACCAGUCAGCUGCAUCACCUGAGUAUUAAAUGUGCCAUUCACGUGCUGCACGUCAACAGCUUCAAUCCCCACUGUCUGCGCAGGAGGCCAGUUGAGGAGAACAACGUCUCUCCUUCCGACGUGGUGCAGUGGUCCAACCACAGGGUGAUGGAAUGGCUCAGAUCAGUGGAUCUGGCAGAAUAUGCACCCAACCUUCGAGGCAGCGGAGUGCACGGGGGCCUGAUCAUCCUGGAACCUCGCUUCAACGGUGACACGCUGGCCAUGCUCCUGAACAUCCCACCCCAAAAGACCCUCCUGCGCCGCCACCUCACCACCAACUUUAACGUGUUAAUUGGGCCAGAGGCACAACAAGAAAAAAGAGAAACCAUGGAGUCAGCAGCAUACACACCUCUGACCACCACUGCCAAAGUUAGGCCAAAGAAACUUGGAUUUUCGCAUUUUGGAAACUUAAGGAAAAAGAAGUUUGACGAAUCAACAGACUACAUUUGUCCUAUGGAUACAAGCCCAGCUGCUACAAAUGGUACUUCGAAAAACUACGGUGGCUACAAAGGACUUAGUCCUUUCACUGACAGGGAACUGGAUCAGAUGGAACACUCAGAAGGCACAGUAAUGCAAAUAGGGGCUCUUUCCCAAGGCAUAACCCACCUCACGACAUUGCUGAGCCAGGAUGAAAUGCUGAAUGACAGCAGGUUUUUAACACCCACCUUUGAAGACUGGAGAUGAUGCUGCAGCAGGACCAAGAUCACUGCUGGUACCUCACGCCUGCAGGAGUGGCCAGGAGCAGCUGGAUGCCGUGGAGCAGGAAAGCUUUGCCUUUUUCUGCCACUGCCACCUCCCACCUAGCAUUUCCUACUGUCAGUGUAGCCACAGCUUACAGGUAACUCUCCUCUGUGCUGUUUUCCCACAUCAUGUAACAGGAAACAGGAGUUGGGAGAGGAGGGGGACUCAGAUCCAGAGUCUGGAAAGCCAAGACUUGGCAAUGCUUUGUCCUUUCAUUCACUUGACUUUUACAUGCUAUGUUGAUGUACUGUUACGUGAAAGACCUUUUGUAAUUUUUUAUUUUUCUAAUUAACUUGUAGUGCAGGAAUCAUUAACACAUAAUUGUACCACUGGGGCUAAUCAGAGCUGAAUGUUGGUGAGAGCAGCAGAAAUGGCUCACUCACCACUUCUGUGGUCAUGCCAGACUGGUCCCCAGAAAGGGUUUCAAUCUCUCCUCCCUGUCACUGGCACCUGUCCUGCCCUCUCUUUAUCCAAGUCAGUGCACUGUAGGAUGGGAAGAAUGGAACAUAGUACUGUGCAUCCAGCCCUUGCUUUUAUUAGGAUGACAAGCUGCCUUGUUCACAUAUCUUUACCUAAGGCAAAAACAACUGCAGCAGGAAAUUGUAACUCUGAGACUACCAGGAAAUUACCAGAACAAAACAAAGAUUUAUUUCUUUAAAACACCUGACAAAAUAAAUAUUUUACUGCUGUACUGGGCUAGACAAGACUGCAUCAGAGGGAAGUAUGGCCUCGCACUUUCUGAGGGGCCCAGGGUGAAGUUGUCCCCUCUACAGCACCAAUUACUUGUGGCAUUUGUUUACAUGUACAUCUCCUGUAUUAAUGAGCCAUUAACAAGCUCUCUUAGUAAACACAUGUAUGCCAGGAAAAAAAAUCUCCUUAAUUGUAAGGAAAAGUACUUUGUACAGGGCUGGUUUGCAUUACUUUCUCCUUGCUGGCUGCAGGUGCUGCUGUAGAUUGCAAUGUAGCCUCAGGGCAGCCACUGCCAGCCACAACCCUCCCAAAGAAAGAGGGAAACUCCAGGGCUGGCCACAGGAUGCAGCAAGGGCUCUUUGAGAACUGCCUGGGGUGGUUUUUACACAUGAGCCACCCUGUCCUCACUUCACCAGCCUCUCAUGGUAGACCUUGCACUGUAUGGUCAGGUGGAAGAAGAUAAACACGAUUUGAUUGUCCACAGGGGUAAAAUCAAGGCAAAUUCUUUUCAAUCACUGCCAACUGAAAAAAAAAGGAAUAUUCAGAAAAAUGAGAAGUCUUUCAAUCUUUCAAAUUACUGAUGUCUUUUAAAUUACUGAUGUUUAAUAAAAGCUAUGAAAUGUACCGGUCUGGCAAUGCAGUCAGUGCUAGUGACCAGCUCAGGUACCAUGGUCUUUUAAAAUACUUUGUCAGGUCAAUCAGCCAACAGACUUAUUACAGCACUGCAAAUGGGAUUGGCUGCUCCAGCUGCCCUGGGAUAUUCCAAACACAAUACUUCCUAUUUUCUUUCAAUGCUGUAUUUGCAACUCGUUGUGUUGUUGUGCUAACUUGGCUGUGAAUAGUCAAUCCACAAAACAGUUGAUUCUUCUUUUAAAUAUACGUAGUAAGAAAUCCUAAUUAGCAUAACACUGGUAUAAAUGCUUAUUUUUUGACUGUUAUGAAUAAAUUCUGAAUGUUCCCCUCUC